AUGUUGAGUGUGUUGUGUACAAGUUGCAGUACACUGUGCAAGCAAGCAAAUCACUGUAGGGGUGACUCCAAGGUCAAAAGUAUAGUAGAUGAGGUUUCUGGUACUGGUCCUAUCUUUUUGGGUGUAUAUGAGUGGAAUGGGAGUGUGAUGGCUGAAUCCCAGUCCUUAGUUAAGCUGGGAGAGUGCCAGGAAUUUGGGGAUGGCUGCUUGGCCAGUAUGCCGCAAGGUGUUCUACAUCUUGUCUCUGGGUCAUAUUAUCACCGACAGAAAAUUUGGCUGUCCAUAGCAUAUCUUCUGAUGGCCCGAAGACUCCGCCGCGAAGCCCAGACCGCGACAUCUGCUCCGAAGGCGAACAAAGGCGCCCUUCUCGCCCCUGACACCGCCAGGAUACGUCCUCUGAGUGACAUCGGCGCCAGGCACAAGGGGAAACGUUUUGCUUUUGCCUUCGAUAAGUGGGGUAAUUUUUGGAACGAACUAUGGACGUCUUCAAAAAUAAUGAGAACAGUGACCAUAGCCUCGCGAGACUUUCUGAAGACUUUGGAUCAUCCCGACUUUACCAAAGCUGCUGCAAAGUUUUAUGGUUUACUAGGGUUUGGAUUUGGUCUGCUCAAAGAAGUCAAGAAUUGUGUUAUAACCCACAGUGUGUGUCGCCACUACCUGGUGAAGUUUUGUCCACAUGACCUCUUUACAAAUACAAAAUCUGAUCUUGGACCAUGUGACAAGCCUGUCCAUGAUGAAGAAUUAAAAAGGGAAUUUGAAGCUGCCAACUCCUAUCGCCGCACUGCCUUUGAAGAUGAAUUUGUUAGAUAUGCAGAGUCCAUGCUUACAGAAGUAGACAAAAGAAUACGAAAAGGAAAACAGCGGUUAUCGUUGUCAGUUAAAGAUGCCUUGGCUAGUAGCACAACAGGUGACGGGCGAGUAGAUGAGCAGCUGGAACUCCUCUCUGAAAGAAUUACAGGUUUAGUAAGUGAAGCUGAAAGACUAGGUUCAGAAGGAAAUGUUGAAGAGGCCCAGGGUCUCCUUAAACUUUGUGAUCAACUCCGAGAAGAGAGAGACUCGCUGCGCAGAAGUAAUGAAAAUUCUGUAUGGCAUCAGGCUGCGGAGAUGGCGGCAUCACAAGAAAAGCAGAUGGAGGUGUGCGAAGUAUGUGGUGCUUUCCUGAUUGUAGGUGAUGCACAACAACGAAUUGAUGACCACUUAACAGGAAAGCAGCAUGUGGGUUUUGCAAAGCUACGUCAGGCCAUUCAGGAAAUUAGAGAUAGUCGUGAAAAGGCAAGAGCAGAGAGAGAAAGUCAGAGAGAAAAGGAGAGAGAAGAAAGACGCAAAGCCUUACAAGAAGAAGAAAAGCGUAGAGAGAAAGAAAGAGAAGAGAGGAGGAGGAAAGAUGAAGACCGAAGACGUAGAAGUAGUGACAGAGAUCGAGAUCGUGAGCGUGCAGAGAGAAGUAGGGACAGAGACCGUGACAGAAUGAGGGAUCGAGAUUAUCGUGACAGGAGACGAUCACGCAGCCGAGACCGCGAGAGGAGGAGGUCUCGCAGCAGAGACAGGGAUUAUAGAAGUUCACAUUCAAAAGACAGAGAUAGGAGAGAGAAAGACCGAGACAGGCAUCACCGUUCGCGAAGUCGCGAGCAUGACAGAAGGAGACACAGGGAAGAAAAUGGCGAUCUGUACCACCGUGAAUACUGAUGAGUGACAGGGCAAUUGUGAAGGAGGAGCCAAGAGGGAGAUGUGGAGAAUAGAGUCCGAUGAGCGGGAAAUGAAGGCUUAACCAGUGAGUGAUCUCCACUUGAGGGUAACAUCUGGCAAGAGAAAAGAAGACCUUUUCAAUCUACUUCAGCAGUUGAGAGCGUCAGGACUUCAGUCGAGCCACAGACGAUGCAUGUUGAGAGAUGCAGAAGUACUGAAGGACACUGCAGCCUCCACUUUGUGUUAGCCAGGUGACCCCCCUCAUUUCACACUCCCUUCUCUGCCUCCCCCACUCGGCCUCUUCCCAGCCCUACCCAGUAUGACAUCCCAAAAGGGCAUUCAAUGGUUCCACAGACUGACUUCACAAGAUUUUUUUUGUUUUGUUUUUUUUUUUACAUUUUUUAUUUUUAUUUUUAUUAUUAUUAUUAUUAUAUUAAUAUUAUUUUUUUCCCCUCUACCUUUUUAAAUUUUUCUAUCAUUACUUUUUUUCCCCCUUAUAGGUUUCACUGUAUAGGUAUUAGGUAGAACAAUGUUCUGUAUUAAACUUUGUUUGACUGUAAAAUAUCUCUGUAUAUAGUUUGGAUACUGUCAACACGACAUGUACUUUUGAAGUGUAAUGUAAGGGUGUUAAAACAUCACUUGUAUGCAUCUUAGUUUAGGUGUGAUAACAACCUCUUCAAACAGAGUUGUGAUGCUGUUUAAGGAAGUUCGUUGGUUGUCCGGUCACAUUCCAUCAAGUAUCUCAUCUCUCCACUCUAUUAAGGUGAGAUAUUGUGAAUUGUGUCAAUAAAUGUGUAAAACUUA